AUGGAGACGGGAGGGGACAGGGGGAAGGUGGUGGUAGAGAUCCAUGACGAUGAUGGAAGGAGCACGGGGAGAAAUCAACUGGCGGAGAAUAGGAGGCCACAACCAGCACUUGACCUCGCUGAAGAAGUGGCAAAAAAUGGGACAGAAGAGGGGGAGGAGAAAGGUUAUGAAAAUAGAGAGAGAACCACGGAGACCGAGGGUGGGAGGAGUUCUAGCGACAGCAGCAGCACGGACAACAACGUCGACACAAUCGAGGGGAGUAAGGAGCAGACGAGCGCUGAGAGGCGGUAUCAUAGAUCCAGAUUGCCAAGGCUGCGAUGGACCCCUGAUCUCCACCAUGCCUUUGUUUACGCUGUUGAGAAGCUAGGUGGCCAUGAAAGAGCAACCCCAAAGUUGGUUCUUCAGAUGAUGAAUGUGAGGGGGCUGAGUGUUGAUCACAUAAAGAGUCACUUGCAGAUGUACCGAAACAAAAAGCCGGACGAUCCAGAGGAAAGGAAGAGAAUCUUCCCUUCCCUAGCGUUUUCAUUCUUGGAUGCUAAUCGGCGAUACUAUUACGAUUUAUUUCACCAAAAGAUGACUCCAAGCCUGCCCCACGGAAUGGGCAGUGGAGGUCUUUUCUCGGCAAGAAAUGAUCUGGAGCAAUCCAGGUACCACCAUCCUUUGCAACGAUCACAGGCCCAGCAGACUCAUCAUGAUCUUAAGAACUUCCAUUUUGCAUUGAUGACAUUCAACCAGCACAUGACACCAGUAAUCCAUCCAAUUAAUGAUCACGGGCAAGCGAGAGGUUCGGUUCAUGAUCUGAUCUUUAGAAAAGAUGGGAAGCCAUCAGCAUCCCAUUUGUUUGAUGCGAGAGACGCAAUCACUGGAAACUUGAAAGCUCACCAAGUUCUUGGGGCAAGAAGGAAGCCACCGGGUGAUAUGGCUAUUAAUCAAGGCACAAACACAAGGGCCGAUGGAAGUUAUGGUUGGAUCGGUGGUAGCUCCAGACUUUUUCCCAACAGCAGUCCUUUUAGUGAUCGUAACUUCAGAUGGACUACCAGCAGCAGCAGCUUCCUUGACAACUACAAGAGCAACAUGAAUCCUGACUCACGCGGUUCUAUUGUUAUCAGCGAUAAUCUCAAGUCUCAUUCUGAGACUCCACAUUGGAUUGAGUUACAGGAGAAUCCAACCUGUCACCCUAAGCGCAGAUUUGAAGAUAUAUUUCAAGAGAGUGAGGCGGCAGUUGCUGAGAAGAAGAGACUGAUAGCAGCAACAGAGAGAGAUUGGGGCUCCAACUUGCACCUAAACUUGAGUAAUUCAGCGGAUGAUGGAGCUGGUGGCAAAAAGGUUAUUGAGGCCGUAAAUGUUGAUGAUUUUCUAGCGCUGUCACUCGCCCCUCCAAUGUCUGAGAACCUAGUAGAGCCCUCCAAUAUGGAAGAAGAUGCUGCAAAAACUGAGAUCCAGUUCUUCCCAAAGGAAAACAGCUGA